AACCUGAAUGCUCAAACGAAGUGCAAAAGAUGGUGGAGAAUCAUCAAUAUUCUGUUUAUAAUUGCAAGUUGUAUCGCUCUAUAUCCGCACUGGUUAAUGAUAAAACAGGCACAAGGUGAUAUUCCUUUGAUAGCUGAGACUUCGACCACAGCGCUGCAAACGACGACCGGCUUGAUUAAAAUGGCUUAUAUGUUGUUCACUCAGCAUAGAUUUCAUAAACUGCUUCGCAAAGCUGAAACACAUGAACUGCUGCAGGGAAUCGAAAUCUUUCAAACCGAUAUGCCAAUAAAAACCACUCUGAAGAAAGAGAUUAAUGCAAUUAUGGAAAUCAAUUGGAGACAGGCGAGGGGACAGCUUCUGUUCACUUUAGGAACCUGCAUCUGCAUUAUGUCCAACUAUUUCUUUUAUGCAUUUUUCAAAAACUUAUAUAAUCAUUUGCAGGGCACACCAAAUUAUGUGUAUAUUCUGCCUUUCACUGGCUACCCGAUGUUUCUGCACAAAGGAAUGGCCUCACCGUAUUACGCAAUGGACAUGUUUUUCGGUGCUUGCUCGCUUCUGGUCGCCGGCAUGAGUGCUAUUACCUUCCAGGGAUGUUUUUUGGUGCUUUGUAAGCAUUCCUGUGGAUUGGUCCAGGUGUUAUGUCUACUGCUGAAGAGAUCCACGUCAACUCUGGUUCCAAAACCGCAACGUGUGGAAUAUUUGCGCUACUGCAUAGUACAACAUCAACGCACUCUUGGGUUUAUCGACGAGGUCAAUCAGCUUUUCAGGCACAUUUGUCUUUCACAAUUUCUUCAUAGUCUGGCAAUUUACGGCUUUGUGCUCUUCGAGAUGAACUUCGGCUUGGAAUCAAAUAAAAUUACAUUUAUUCGCACGUUAAUGUAU